AUUGUUGAUGUUAAUGUUCUUAGUAUUGUUCGCAUGUCAUUUUAAGUAUUUUAAGGUUGUACUUUGUUGUGUGCUGUUCUAAGUUCAUAAAAACAUGAUCAUCCCGGUGAGGUGUUUCACCUGCGGAAAAGUUAUUGGCAACAAAUGGGAGGCUUACUUGGGACUUCUCCAAGCAGAGUACACUGAAGGUGAUGCUUUGGAUGCCCUCGGACUGAAGAGGUACUGCUGCAGGAGAAUGUUACUGGGACAUGUGGAUCUCAUCGAAAAAUUACUCAAUUAUGCUCCUCUAGAGAAAUAAUGUUACCAAUACUAUUAUCUUGUUUUUUGUAAUAAAUGUGAUUUUAAGAUUUUGUAUAAAUAUAAGAAAUAUAAUAAAAA